UUUGUGCACUUUAUCGCUGAAAAAAUCUAAUCUAAUUUUUACUUUAUUUCCAGCAAUUCCAGACAAAAAUCGCAGUAUUUUCUUUUAACUCAGAAAUAAAUACUAAUUGUUACUAUAAUAUACUAUUUUACCAUGGAGGAAAUUGAUGAGUUAUCACAGUUAGAAGAGUUGUUAAAUGCUGAUUUAUGCGAAAAUGCAAGUAGUAAAGUCAAAUCCGUCAGUGAAGUAAAUAUUUUUGAAACCGAAUGCAGCGAAACUGGAGCUACAACUUGUAUUGCAGCAGAAUCCAUCAGUACUUCUGCUGUCCAUAAUGGUGACACAGAUUCUUCAGAUGACGAAGAAAAGCGUAAUUAUACUGAACGCAAGUACAACGACUAUGGUUCUAAUGUGAAAAAGGCUCUUGAUCACAAGGCAGAUGAACAUUUGCAUAAGAAAAUAGAAUUCGAAACGAGACUCCGCCAGACCAACUUAGACAUUAAAGUUGAGCGUAGCAGUUCAUUUAAAAAGAAACCGGCAGUAACAGAGGAAGAUGUUAAGAAUACCUUUUGUGUCCCAGAAAAGAAACUGCAAUGUUCAGACGUAUACACAGACCCAGUUUUCGGUAUUCGCAUUAUAAAACCACUUAUCCCAAGUACUGCUCUUCUGGAUCGUAUGCAGGGCCGUGAGGCAAUUAACAUGUUGAGGGUGAAGCGGCAUGUUGAGAAUGAAGAUUUGUCCAAAGAUUGGGUUACAGCCGGUGUCAUUGUAAGGAAAAGCACAACAAAGAAGUCACAAAAAGGGAACCAAUUUGUAAUUUGGACACUGAGCGAUCUAAGAGAUGAUUUGAAAACUGUCUCCAUGUUUUUAUUUAGAAAAGCUUAUAAUGACUUGUGGAAAACACCUGAAGGAACAGUUGUUGCAGUUUUGAAUCCAAAUGUUUUGGAUAAAUCUCAAAAUAGUAAUGAUCAAGCAUGUCUUAGUGUUGAAAACCCUGACAGAGUCAUGAUUUUGGGCCAAUCUAAAGAUUUAGGUGUUUGUAAGAGUAGAAAAAAAAAUGGAGAACCUUGUACAUCAUUCGUCAAUGUAAGCCAGUGUGAGCAUUGCAUUUAUCAUGUAAAACAAGAAUACCAAAAAUAUUCCAGGAGACAAGAAUUACAGUCUUCUACCAUGGGCAAAGGACUAGUUAAUUUACAAAAUAAAGUUCUUGGAAAAAGUACUGUCAUCUAUGGUGGGAAAUCUUAUUCAGCCUUACCUCGAGCCAACAACAAAAUGGUAAAGGAAAGAGAUCAGAAUAGACUGAUGACAUUAAGUGACUAUUAUAAGUCCGAAGGUGAUAAUUUAAUGACAAACAAAGCGCCAUUAGGGGCAGGUCCCCUAAAUAAAGUGGGUGAUAUAUUACAUAGUCCUAAAUUACAAAGGACAAGUGACUAUGAAAGAUUGAACAAGCUAACCAAUUUGAACUCCAGUCCACAACAUAUUAAUAAAACAGCAUCUCACAGUACUAGCCUAGCCGAAAAAGUUGCUAAUUCACCAAUGCUUGGAAAAGGAUUUGGACUCAAAGGCAGUGGUAUGAUAGAUCUGAAUAUUUCUUAUGGACAAAAAGCUGCGGAGAGAGCAAAAUCUAAUGCAAUAAAAUUAAUUCAGCAAAGUGGUGGAAUACCAAAAAUUGAUCCAAAUAAUACAAAGGGCACAGAACAGGGAAAGAAAAGGGCAUUAGAAAAGUUAAAUGUUCCUGGUACUGAUGAAAAUAAGUGUAAAAAGGCUAAACACAACAAUGAAGAGCAAAACAAACCUGUAGGAAUAAAGUCAGAGAGAUUCAAGAAGAUUCUGGAAGCUACUUCUGCUCAUCAGAAUUUGAUUGAACAGCAUGAUGAUGAAGAACAAGAGAAAUAUUUUAGUAAAUUAGAGAAAAAGGAAGCUAUGGAAGAGAAAAUGUUAAACACUUUCAAGUUGCCUUGUAAAGCUGUGAGAUGCAUCAAAUGCAAGUACACAGCAUUUUCUGCUGCACAGAGAUGCAAAGAUGAAAGGCACCCAUUGAAAAUUUUAGAUACACAUAAAAGAUUUUUCAAAUGUGCUGAUUGCAGCAAUAGAACAGUAUCUCUAGAGUUGAUACCUCUUCAUUCCUGUAGUAACUGUAAAGGAUCUCGUUGGGAAAAAGCACCCAUGUUGAGGGAAAAGAAAGGAAUGUCCCAAUCAGGUGGGUUGUCAAUUAGAGGUGAAGAGGAAACAUUCAUUGGUGGAACUGUCAAUGCUGGGAAAAACAUUAAUCUGUUGGUACCAGACAGCUGAUAGUGUAUUUUAAAUGCUUACUAUGUAUACAGAAUCAAGUAGGAAUUUUUGAUUAUAUCAAAUGUUGAAGAAUUAAAUUAUUAUUAGAUAUAAUCAUAUUUUAAUAUUAUUAUAACGUUUGCAUCUUAUUGCUCAUGAUGGUAUGAUUAUUUUUAAAUAAUCGUAAAAACAAAUUGCAACUUAAGUAGGGAGAGAAAGAGUUGACAACAAAAAACUUUGCUUUAAUAGAAUAUCUGGACAUAUCUGUUGCUCGAAAUCUUUAUGGACUGAAAAUAAAAUACAUAUGAAAAUAAAGCA